CGCGACUUCGUGAUCAUCAAUCGCCCCCUGUCUGCUUGAACAAAGUAUUAAAGAUAAGAACACCAAAAAAAUAGCGGGACGGCCGGUUGUGCAUUCAUUCAGCAUGGAUGAGGAUACCGCGUUGCAAGAACAGCAACAGCAGCAACAGGAGUUACAUCGGCUACAACAUCACAUUCUCGAGGGCGUUGCAAAAUCAAUAGAAACUGAGGCCAUAGAAACAACAGUAACCGCCGAAGCGACUUCAGAAUCUUCGCAGGAGCAACCGGCACAAGAUGCACAGAGAGAGAGCUCAUCUUUGAAACGAGCCUUCGCUGAUGGCGACGAUUCGGCCUCGAGCGAAUCAUCCGCGCAGCCUUCUCAAGCGUCUACUCAACCCUCCAGUCAAACCCUGUCGAAUCAGGAUAAUGCAGCUAGCUCUGAAUCACCUUCUCUGUCAAGUAAAAGGCGAAGAAUCUCGAUGCCCGGAAAGUCCAUCCUCAAGCCAAUCAGCCAGGACGAUGAUGGAGAGCAUGCAGGAAAUCAGGAUACUGCAUAUGAUGCGUCGCUUGCAGAUGACAGUGGCCCAGCUUCUGAUAUCACGGAGACUCUUUCAUCUACAAUCGAGUCUUUUAAGCGUAAUAGUAAAUCCAUUUCAAGACGCGUCAGUUUUGCAGCGACCGCCAGGAUAAGGAUGUUUGAACGCGACGAGAAGGAAGACGAACUCCCGAAGACAAUGAGUUACUUGGAAGGCCUCAGCCCAAACGUAAUUCUGAAUACCCCUUUCACCUUUAAGAGUGGCUCUAGCGAAGACGAUACCAACAAAGCCAGCAACUCUACGGACAGCGUCAAUUCAGAACACAGCUCUCAACGUAACGAACACACAGGGACAUCGAAUGAAAGCAGUGAUUCUGAGAAAGAGCGGAGCUUUGAAGUCAGCGUCUAUCCUGGCCAUUCAGAUAGCACAGGAAGUUCAGGAACAGGAUCCGCUCUCUUCUUGGGUUCGUCGGAUUUUAGUUACGAAAAGACACCCUUUGACGACGGGGAUCCGGACACAGGAAGCAGCAGUGAGGAAGAAAACAGCCAUUUUUUCCCCGACGCCAACCUUAUGAAAAGAUCUUCAGGAAUUGGAAUCUAUGGACGAGGGAGGGACAGUAUUCUGGGUCCACAGAUCGAUUUGGGUCUAAUGGACGACAGUAUUCGUGCUUCGCAGCGCCCAGAUAACUUGGAUGAUGGGACACAGGACUACAGCAUGACGCACAGUUUCCAAAACCACAGGUCCUCGAUCCCAGAGAGGCUGCCUACACCACCGCGGCCGCAUCUUCAACACGAAGACAGUCAGGACUUCACCAACGAUUUCACCGACUCACAGCGGUACAACGCCAGUGAUCCAAUUGAUGCUGGAGCCUCGUCAAGGUCACCGCCCAAAUUGGCCACGGAAGGCGUUCUUACGGACGAGAUGUUUAACGCCGGCCUUUCACCCGUCCUGCUUUCUCAGGGCGAUGUCGCAAAUGAGAUCCUUAAACUUAGAAAUGAGUUGGGUUUGGAUAUGACAGAGGAAUUUGCGAAGGGCGACAGAUCUGCAGUGGAUGAGGAUACUGAUAUGGAUAUCACAGCACCUAUCGGUGGUAUCCAGGAGCUGGCUCAGGAGCUUGCACAAGAGCUGCCGCCCACAACUUUUCUGCAAACGGACGACAGCACUGCUAUGUUUUCGGAGCUUGGAACCCCAAUGGAUGUCACGCAGCCGAUCGGUGCAGGGAUUCUGGAUGUCAGUGGCAGUGAGCCUGCAGAGACUGGAAAUGACUUAGAUCGAUGCGAGUUCAAUAUCGCCAAUAUACCAUCCACGCCCACUAGGUCAGGACGGAUAUCGUUAGUUCUGGCCAACAAGAGCGACGGCAUUUUUGGGCAACUUGUUCAGGACGAAAGCCAGAGUCGUGACAAAGAAAGCUUCCAUAGCGAGCCCGCCCAAAACGGCCAGCCUACAGCACCUUCCACGCCACCUCCACGGGCCCCUUCAUUUCGUGUCGACAAUCUCUCACCACAGUUGCUCCCCCGUCUGAGCCUGGGAACCCCUGGUCGUUUCACACCAAGCGUCAAGGCACGGCUCAACAUUUUCCCUGAAGUACUUGAAAAGCAGCUUCAAACACUUGAGUCCUCAACCCCAACAGAGCCAGUGUUCCGUGCCUCACACGUAAGUCCGGAAACCAGCAGCUUGGCCAAGCGGAUAUAUCGCUAUUCCAUUGGUGCAUACUCUCGAACUAGCGGCGAUUUUCAGAGUCGACUCUCCGGAGCGAGUAAUGAUUCUCAUCAUACAUCGACCGAAGUUCAAGAUGAGGUCAUGGAUAUGACUAUCGAGCAGCCAACUGCUUCCGUCCAAAGCACCAAUUAUGAUAUUUUUAAUGAGACACCCGCAGCACUCGAUAAAGACACGGGCAGUGCCGAUAGUAAUGACAACGAGGAGGUAGACUUGACAGACAAGGGUAGAAACCAAGCUAGUACAGCUCCCGAUGGCGGUCUUGAUGAGGACUCAUUUUCAGAGCUUCCACCGAUCAGUCUGAGCAAGUUUUUGAGUCUUGUCGGGAUCUCAUUCUUGGACCACCUUAACGCCAGUACUCGUCGUCGAACCAUACCCCAUCGGGGCGACGACGCCGACUCUUCCACAACGUACCGCAGUGCCGAUUUGGUGAAGGCCAUGGCACUAUCGGUGCAGGAGCUGCACUCAUACCGCGAAGCCUGUCGGCUCUUGAAGCAGUCCAUUGAUACUAGUCGCGCAUUCGCGGACGACCAGGAGAAGAAAGUCAGCAAGAAGAACCCAGAUUAUUUUCGAGAGUUCCGGGAAAGCAAUUCGGACACAAAGGAAUUCAUAAAGGAUCGGUUCAAGAUGAUCAAGGUUCAUUCCAAGCUAGAGACCAAUGCAGCGUUCAGUAUCUGGAAAACUGACGUCUUGAGGGUGCAGCAAGAAACCCUGGAGCAGCAUCUCGUUGAACUGAAAAAGGAUAUAACGAAUCUUGGGACCAUAAGAUCCGCUCUGUUGAACGAGAAGGAAAAGGUUUUGCCAAGGCGCGAUGAACUUCGGCGACAGUUAGAGGAAGCAACAGAACGCCAGCGUAGCUAUGAGCUUUGCGAUAAAGAGCAGCUUGCCAGUCUUGCUGAGGCGGCCGAGGAACAAGGAUCACAGAUCGAGCAUUACGAAUCUAUAAAGGCCAAGAAAGCGAAGGAGUUGACUGACAUCAAGGCUAGGGUGGAGAAACUGCAGUUGGCGGAGCAGGGAGUCAAAACUCGGACCGUUGCUGCAGAAAAAACGAUUCAGGAUAAUCAGUAUGUGCGAAUUGAGGAUCUUAAUCGGGCCAAGGAUGUUUUGAGCAUCAUCCAGGCAACUCACCAUUGGGAGCCCCUUCGGCCGAUUGUAUCUGGCGAAGCACUCCGGCCUGGCAAGGCACUAGAAUUCGUAUAUGACAAGACUUUGAAGAUAUCGAUCGAUAUUGCCAAGGUCGGCCAAGACCCACGGGCUGUCCUGGUAGCAGAGUAUAAGGAAGGAGACACGAUGGAUUUUGACUUGUCCCUGAUGGACCGUCAACGACUCUCUAUAUCUGCACUCUCGCCAAAGAAACACGGAAAUUUCCAAGAAGUGAGUAUCUGAUGCUCAUCAUUGCUGUCGGUAUUCAUUGCUUACGGAAGCUAAUUAACUUAGCGAACUACGGUCUAUGAUUUCUUUGCAUAUCCACAGUACGUCGGUCUAUUGCGGGAUUACACAGACAUGAUCGCCUCCAAGU